CUUGCAACCGUUUUCAAAAAUGCUUAUGAGAAUGUUGACUACAAACAGAUCUACUAACCUUAAUAAAUCCGCGUCACUAAAAUAGUGUGACUUUUCGUUAGUUAAAAACACUUCAUGCUUAACGUGCCUGUUUGCAUUAAAAAUUUAUUUUUUACUUGUGGUUUGUGUGACGAACAGUUUUGUUUGGCGGACGAUACAGAAUCCUGUAAAAAUGAAGAUGUUGAUCAGAAAUCGUCAUCAUUCUAUACAAAAGCAAAAAAUGAAAGAUAUCAGAAAUAUCUCACUGCAAUUAAAGAUGCAGAAGAAAACUAUAAAGAAUGCAAUAAUACAAAACAUGAGUGCUUUAAAGAUGUCAUCAUACGGGACUUAAAACCUUUUAAAAAAAAGGGUAUAAGCGAAGAAUUGAUAGAAGCUGCUAAAACUAGAGGAACAUUCUAUCAAAUAAUUGGAGGUAAAUUAUAUAGAGAUAAAGACUGUUCGUUUCCAAGUAGAUGUGCUGGAAUCGAACAUUUUCUACUAAAAGUAAUUGGUAAUUUAUCAGAUAUGGAUUUAGUAAUAAACACCAGAGAUUAUCCUCAAUCCGGUGAAUAUUUUGGAAAUGCUCUGCCUGUUUUUUCAUUUAGUAAGACACCACAAUAUUAUGAUAUUAUGUAUCCAGCAUGGGCAUUUUGGGAAGGUGGUCCAGCUAUCUUAUUAUAUCCUCGAGGUCUUGGCAGAUGGGAUCAACAUCGAAAAUCUUUAAAUAAGGCAAGCUUGGAAACCCCAUGGGAAAAGAAAAAAAGUGAAGGGUUCUUUCGUGGUUCUAGAACAAGUUCAGAACGCGAUAACUUAGUUUUACUAAGCCGUAAUAAACCUCAUAUCGUAGAUGCUCAAUAUACUAAAAACCAGGCGUGGAAAUCUGAUAAGGAUACUUUGCAUAGAGCACCAGCAUCAGAGGUAUCUUUGGAAUCACAUUGUACAUACAAAUAUUUAUUUAAUUACCGAGGUGUGGCAGCUUCAUUUCGACACAAACAUCUGUUUCUAUGUCGAUCGUUAGUCUUUCAUGUCGGUGACGAAUGGACUGAAUUCUAUUACUAUGCCAUGAAACCAUGGAUUCAUUACAUACCUGUUUCUAAAGAUGCAUCCCAAGAAGAGUUGGAGGAUUUGAUUGAAUUUGCAAGACAUAAUGAUGAUUUAGUGAAAAAAAUUGCCUAUCGCGGAAGAGAUUUUAUAUGGAACAAUUUGCAAAUGUCGGAUAUUACAUAUUUUUGGAAACGGCUUCUUAAAAAUUAUAGUAAACUUUUGACUUAUCAACCAACAUUAAAGAAAAAUCUGAUACAUAUUCAAAAAACUUAGUGUGUGAAUGAUAUUAUAAUAAUCUUAUACAACUAAUAUUUUCCAUUAGAUAAGACAAUACCAUUCCAUUAGAUAAGACAAGACAGUAUUAUAUGAAAAUAAAAUUAUGUUGUAAAAUUUAUAAACAAUCUUAUUAAUUAUAAGAUUUAGUAUCCAAUGUUUUAUUCUUAAGGACUUUGCACACAUAGUAUGACUAUUUACAUAUUGUUAAUAUUAGUUGUAAUAAUAGUUGUAUAUAAAAUUAUAAAGUAUAUUAUCAGGGAAACUGUAAUGGAAACGUUUAUAGAUAUUUAUACAUUUAUGAAUCACACACAAACACACACAUGUGCAAACAAGAUACUAAAUAGAAACAAUAUACAAAAUUAUUUUGUGUUAUACAUAAUAUAUUUUAGGGUUCACGUUUGAUAAAAAGAUCUAUAAUACUCACGUGACACUUUCAUAAAUCAGCAAACAUUGCUACAUAUCGCAAUGUAUCCUAAUAUUCUUCGUUCACUUUAUAAUUUAAUCGAACAAUCAAUACAAAAAUCAGUAAGUACUUUUCACAUUUAAAAUCUCUAAAAAUAAUGAAUAAAUAAAUAACCAAAUAAAUAAUACCAAUAAACAAACAGUGUUGAAGUCCCUGCAUUACGUCACUGUGUGAAAUAUGUCGCAAAGAUUCACACGUUUUAGUAACUUUUAUUUUUACAACGUGUUCAGCCAUGCAAGUCAUUUUCAAGCGAUGCGUUCACAUAACAUACAGUUUAACAGUUAACUGGCAGGAACAGUAGUGCUCGUCGUAAUUCUCUAUUAUAUACUUAAUUAACACUAGUUCGAGUCGCGUUAAUGAUCUGAUAAUUUGAUGUGCAACUUUUACGUAUUUGGUACGACAAAUCAGUUCUGUUACUUUCUUGCACUUUUCGCACGCGUCUAUUUCUGAUUACCGUCUUCGUCAAAUCUCGGAACGUAGCAUAUACUCGAUGAAUUCGCGCUUCGUCGAACGGAUGAGGAUAAGAGAAUGUGGUUUUACGUAGUUAUGACGAAUUUCGUGAUGACCGUCAUGAAAAACAACUUGCAACGUUCUUUUCGAUGAAUUUGACAAACUCGCGAGUGCAUCGGAUUUCGUAUUGGUGUGAAUAGCCAUUUUUUCCUUGUAGAAUUCACAUUGUAAAAGCGCGCGCAUUUUCUCAAGUGGCGGUAAAAUCCGCGCACAGUGAUUGGACGGUAUAUCCUGAAACGCGCGAAAUAGCGAGGAUCAAACGCGAAAGUGCCAGUCGUUAGAUGUCACUACAAUUGUAAUUUGUCAUCAUUGUUUGAAACUUUAUUUCGUUUUCGUACGCGUGAAUAAAUUAAGGAUUGGCACGUAACACCGGUCGAUGGAUCAUGCCAUCUUGAUCACUCACUUUUUCCUGAAUUUGGGAUGUGACAUUGUCGGGAUACAACGUCUGGAAAAGAUUACAUCAAACUUGAGAAAACAUCAUCCUGUGGCAAAAUUUUAGCUGCACUUAAUAUAUUACAUCUAACUUGAGACUGCAGAGGAAGAUCUUGUGACAAAAUGUUCGCUGCGUCAAAUAUGUAAGUAACAAAAUAUAAAUUAUUUUGUAGACUUUUAAGUAAAACGCAUCUAUGAAAGGAAACAUAGAGAGUGUCGAUAGAAAAACUUAUUAAGAACUUCGUGCAUUUUCUUUUUAAACCCCGCUAAUGAAUUGUGUGACAAAAAAACAGAAAGAUUGUGCAACUUAAAACCAGUGCAUGCUACGUUUUCAGAAAUCUAAAUUUCGAUAGACACACGAAAAAUCUGAGAUAAAGUAUUCGUGCAGCAAGAAUGUUUGUAUGAGAGAAGACAAAUUAACAUUGUGCAUGUGAAAAGUAGGUUCGGAAGUAAAACAUAAAAAAAAAAAGAAUUAAAAAAAACGCAUAAAAAUUAGAAUUGAAGGGUUAGAGGGGGGACUUUCCGUGAGAGUCAGUAUAUUGUUAAAAGGAACAAGUUGAAACCACGUUUUUAUGCUACAUUAAGUUCCAAACAACGCAACUGUCAGUGACAGUGAUUCCUCAUGCACCUCCUCGUUUCGUGUACAGGUGCGCGCGUGUAAUCUGUGCGUGUAAUGUGUGCAUAGAUUUAAUUAGAAUAAGUACAUGUUAGUGCAGUAUUAUUGGUAAAAACAUGUAACUUUGAUAUCAUUAUCACAUAUGUGUUGAUUAAGUUUAAAAAGUGAUGAUGCAAGACACAGAGAAAGGUUUAGCCACACAAAUGGUGCAUAUAUAUAUAUAAUAUUUUACUUCUAUGAAUAAAAAAAAUGGAAACAAAAAUUACAUCGGCUUCCGGCAGACGGAAGAGCGAAAACAGAGAUAGAUAUGCAAAG